AUGUGGAACGAGUGCAUUUACAAAAUUGCGAACACGCAACCAGACAGAAACUUGAGCAUUUUAACUCGUGCGAACCGAACGUCUGUUGCAGGAAUUUGCUCCGGUUUGCGAGAGGUGCGCAUCCAGAUACCGACGGCCGUGAAGAAAGGUGAGUCGGCGAUACUGAACUGCUGGUAUGACACCGAGGGGGAUCCAUUGUACACCGUCAAGUGGUACAAAGGGGGUCGAGAGUUUUAUCGCUAUGCCCCGAGCGAGACCCCGGUCGUCAAGACUUUCCCCAUCGGGAACUUGACGGUGAAGAAAGGCGAGUCUAACGCGACCCAUGUCGCACUUACGAAUCUAGAGUUGGACGCAGCGGGGAUGUACAGCUGCGAGGUGUCCGCGGAUGCUCCUUCCUUCCACACGGCCAUCGUCAACGCCCCCAUGAACGUCGUCGAAUUACCCUCUCAAGGGCCGUCGAUACAUGGGUUAAGGAGGAAAUACCGGAUCGACGAUAUGCUACGUUUGAACUGCACAUCCGGACGGAGUAAACCCGCGGCCAAUCUCACCUGGUACAUCAACGAUCGACAACCCCUGAAAUCGUACGUCCGCACGUACAGCCCCCUCGACACGAACGAGUCCGAGUGGCAUAUCUCCCAGAUCGGCCUUCAGUUUCUCGUUACACACGACCAUUUCACCGUCGGCAAGCUGAAGAUACGGUGCAGCGCCUCGAUAUACGACAUAUACUGGCAGAGUACCGAGGUCAGCACAGAGGAGGACAGACCUAGGGUGAUCCACUACGAGCCAGCCGCCACCAUUGUCGGUAUCAACUAUCUUCAACCACCGCCGAACUUCCAGACAGGACAGAAGAAACCUGACGGCCACGUUGGAGUGAAAGUUCUCGGCUCGUCCAGGUCGGAGGCACGACUGCCGUCGGCGCGGCUGGUCCUUGGAUUGUUCGCGUUCCUUCUGAUCGCCAUUCGUUAACCGUACA